GAGCAAACAAAUACGCGGUCCAAAUCCCCCCUUAAAAGCCCUGGACUUAGGGUUCCGAUUCCCCAGGAAAAUCCUCAAUCACCCUCUCUCUACAAUUCCAGGGCCUCCAUUUUUUCCGGAUUUCAUUCAUUUUAAUACUGGAAAUAAAUUGAAUCAUACUGGGUCCUCUGCAAUCGUCACAUAGAGGCAUCUCUUCUUCAUCUUUAUAGAAUAAUAGUAACCUUUUUCCUCCAAUUAUUUGAUCCAAGAUUUCAUUUGCUAGUUUCUUGGCGUUGAUCGGAAGUUCAGUUUCGAUUUCUGGAAAUGCGAGCUACAGAGCACCAGGGGGCGUCUUCCUUGUCAAGUUUCGGGCGAUCCAUUAUGAACAUGCGCCGCGGCCAGGUCCACUCAAUGGACUCCGUCUCUCACGAAGAGCUUGACCUCCAGACUUUCCAGAAACAUGUAACCGACCGCUUCUCCGACCUAUUGGCCGCUGAUUCCGACGAGUUCCUUUCCAUCCCGUGGAUUCGGAAGCUCCUCGACGUCUUCCUCUCUUGCCAAGACGAAUUCAGAUCCGUAAUCUUGAACAACAAAGGGUUCUUCACCAAACCCCCCACGGAUCGUUACCUUAUUGAGUAUUUCGAGAGGAGCAUCAAGGGUUUGGACGUCUGCAACGCGAUUCGAGACGGAAUUGAACAGGUCAGGCAAUGGCAGAAUCAUCUGGAGAUUAUGUUAUGCGCAUUGGAUAAUCAUCACAGGAGUCUAGGUGAAGGCCAGUUUCGUAGAGCCAAGAAGGCAUUGGUUGAUUUGGCUAUAAGUAUGCUUGAUGAGAAAGAGUCCAGCAAUUCCUCUCCUCCCCAUAGAAACCGUUCUUUCGGGCGCCAAAGAGAUAAUAGCAAGUCUUUAGCUCAUUUCCGUUCACUGUCUUGGAGCGUUUCCAGAAACUGGUCUGCUGCGAAGCAGCUUCAAACCAUUGGGAAUAAUCUCUCCGCCCCAAGAAACAAUGAAAUCAUCUCUUCUAACGGAUUAGCUUUGUCUGUUUUCACUAUGAGCUAUGUUCUUUAUUUUGUGAUGUGGGCCCUGGUUGCCGCAAUACCUUGCCAGGAUCGAGGGCUUCAGACCCAUUUCUAUGUGAACAAGCAGCAGUUCACCUGGGCAGGCCCGAUUAUGUCGCUUCACGAGAGGAUUCUUGAGGAGUCUAAGAAGAGAGACAGGAGAAAUGCUUGUGGAUUGUUGAAGGAGAUUCAUGAUAUUGAGAAAUCAGUUCGUCAUGUGAACGAAUUGGUCAAUGCAGUCCAUUUUCCUCUCACGGAGGAGAAAGAGGGUGAGGUGAAGAAGAUAGUGGAAGAGAUUAGGGUCGUGUUUGAUGCUCUCAAGGAUGGGUUGAACCCGUUGGAAGUCAGGGUUAGGGAAGUGUUUCAUAAGAUUGUUCGGUGCAGGACUGAAGGACUUGAAUGACACAAUUGGUUAGUCCUUUGUAGCAGUCUGAUGAUGGAGUAAUAUGCUACUGUGGUUUUGGGCUUUUCGCCUUCUGGUUAGAAAUAAAAGGGUUCAUAGAGAGGUAAAGUCUUGUGUAUCUACUAAUGAUUAACAUUGUAUUAUUCAAAGGAAUUAGGGAAUGGUAUGGAUCUUCUUGAUCCUUGGUAAUGCUAUUAUUGGUGUUUUUUAUGUGUAGAAUAAAAAUCUGCUAGUUUGCCUCUAAUGUUUUAUUGUGGAUUUUAGUUUUCUUUCCAGAAAACGGAAGAUUUUUGUAACUUGUGAGUUGUGAAUGUUGAUCUACCUAGAAUAAGCCAUUUUUGGCUACCAAGCAGCCAUGUGAGUGAGAAACUUUGUUGGUUUUGACUAAUUCACUAAACAGGCUUCUCUUCUAGAAUCAGAAUUUUGUUCCCAAAGUCGUUCUUGAUCACCAGCUCUUAAAAGGUGAAAGUGAUUUGAAGGUUUGAUGCAACUUUUGUUUUCUUGUUGACCUGAUUGACACAUUGAUAUGUUGCAUUCACACACACAAACAUUUUUUUGUCAACGCAUAGCUAUGGGCCAUUCACACACAUUUUGUCAGAACAUUGAUAUGACAAAAUGUGGGCCUCACAUCCAGUUACUUGAAUGGACCCACACUCCCAUUUUAAGAUUUGGCAAAUCUGAAAAAUAUUGUUUUUUUUGCAAAAUUUUAAGAAUCUACACAUUGUUUUUUUGGAUGUGUUCCCACUUCCGAUGUCAAUGUAUUUGUUCUUUGUUAAAUGUCUAACUUCCUUAAACUACAAUGAGUUUCACAAUUAUGCCAUUGAACUACAAGAUGUUCGGCAGAAUCUACAUACUGUUAGAGCCUCUCCCACACACAUCUUGCCAUUCCCUCUCCCAUUAGGCCCUAGAAAAAACUAAACCUACACUCAGGUAGGUGGACCCAAUUUGGUUCCGACUGGCUGUUUCCUGGCCCUUCACCUGUAACCGUAACUGUAACCUCAGGCACGGUUGCAGUUCGAUUCUGAAUAUUAGUUCCGGUUUGGUUUUACCGUAGUUGUUUUUCUAAUUGCAAUAAUCGGAACGAAAACUGAUACCCUCCUGUUUUGGAAGAGCUGGGAAUGCACCCAGGUUGGGCCAACUUUGGGUUCCAGUCCAGUCCCAAUUAAAACGGUUAUAGCUCAGGCGUUACUUGCACGGUUCUUGUUUUGAUGAACCGAAUACACCCCUACUUUUAGGACUAAUCCUACCCAAAACGCACUUAAACAACUUGAGCGCUCCCUAAUUACCCAAAUGACAUUACUCAAAUGGCUGUUUAUCGGAUUACAGAGUUUUUUUGUGCUCUCAGAUCUUUUAGAGCUUAGUAGUCAAUUACCCCGUAAUUCUGUGUGCUUUUUCUCUUCUUCUCUGCAUUUGGAUAUUGUGAUUACAGAUUUACAGCAAGUAUGUCCCUUUGGGUUGGAUUAAGAGUGGACCUCAGAUCAAUGCAAGAACCAUGGUCCAUGGCUGGCUGAUGCACCAAGUAAUUACAGCUUCUAGCGAUGGCAUGAAAUGGAGAUUUUUGGAGUAUGCUAUCUGAAGUUCAGAAAUGCUGCUGGAUGGGUUAUACUCAUAUACUCGUAUGAGACGGAGUCCACGCGAUUGUGAUUUUAUCGUAAAAAAUGAUUUAUUCGGUUUGGAAUUUAGUUACAGUUUACACAAUGAUACAAAUUUUACUUGCUGUGACUCCUGUGAGGGUUGUGCUGUGAUAUACGUAUGCAUAUUUACCUCACGUUUACAUAUUACUCCUUCCGUACUAAAAUUGUAAGACUUGUGAAUAUAAAUCAAGAAUUACUUUUGAGGCAAAGAAUCCGUAGUGUAUAAUUUACUCUUUUCAC